AGGCAUCCGGGAGUAACUUAUCUCUCGUAUCAGAACUCCGGCAUAAAAGAAGACGAGUGCGACGCAGACGGAGGAUUGGUCUCCCGGAUGAUGGGCGGCUCGGCCAUGACGCCCUCGGGGCUCCUGCAGGGCUCUCCUCCCACGCUCACGCCCGGCCUCACCUCCACCUCCCCUCAACCAGCCGUACGCGGGCGACAUGUGCACGUACGGCCCCAUGUACGGCCCUUACAACUACGGCAGCGUGAAGGCGCGGGGCUCUCCGUACGCGCGCACCUCGCCCGUGUACCCGCCGCCGUACCCCGCGCCGCCGCAGCUCAACUCGCAGCUCUACCGCCAGCCGCCGACCUACCACGACUACUCCUCCAGAUAGAUCGGCGCCAACGCACAGCGAACCGAAAGCGACCACAUUUCCGCAGUCGUCCUCUCCUGCUGCUUCCUGCUUUCUCCGCCGUGGCUGCUGCGGCCGCCGGUGGGUGCGCGGGCCUGGAGGAGGCUGCGAAUGCCACGCCGGGCAUGCGACGUGGCCCUUCGGCGGGCUCGAGGUGUCGGCGGCGGCCAAGAGGUGGCGGGACCUCCAUUGUGCCUCCGCGCCUGAUGAUGCGACGCCCUCCCGCGCCCCCGCCUCUGCGCCCUCCUCCCGCAACUGCAGAGACGGCCACGGCGCUGCUCGAAGCGCCCUGUGGUAAAUGGCAGCUGCAGUUGCCUUUCCCGAUGUGUAAAUAACGCCGAACUUUCAUGUGGUCUUCAGAUUGCUAUCGUUUGAGUGACCUGCGAGAGAGACUUAAUGACGGUAUAUUUGACAUUUUUAACAUUGUACUUAAGCGCGGCUGUAAAUCCGAUGUGGUCAGUCGUCAUAACAAUAUCCACCUCAUUCAUUGGGUGAAAAUGAAUGAAUAUUUAGUAAAGACGAAUCUGUUGCUAAGCAAAUGCCAAAAGUUUGGUUGUGACGAACGGCAAAUGAGAUGAAGCAUCAGUGAUCGCGAUAAGGAUGUUGCCAGCGACGACCGUCUUGAAAAGUAACAAUAACAUUUUUCUUUCCCUUUUUUUUUUUUGUAAAAUUUCGAAUUAUCAACAACAAAAAAAUAAUCAAAAUAAUCCAGAAUGGUGCCCAAACUCCAAAAUAAAACCACAGUGAGAGACACUUCACGAUAAUUAACGGAAGAGUGUUGAGACGUAGAUGACGAUGAUAAACACAACUGAAGUAUUAAGUGUGACAGCUGCCGAGCCUUAUCAGAUGUUGGUGUGAAUGAUUAUGAAUUAACAGUGGUGAUAAUGAAGGAUGCAUUGAAGAAGAUGACAUAUCAAACGCUGACGAGAGAAUCGCCAAUAAUCAUGAAACUUGAAGGAAUAAUAAGGUAAAGAUCAAUGUAUGCAACAGAAUUUGCAAUGCCUCGUUGACUCCAGAUAAUGUAUAGGCUGUGAUAUGUAAAGCUUUUAAGAAUGUCACACGUGAAUAUCUCGUGACAUGUGCUUAAUGUCUUCUCUGUUAUUGACAUAUUGGUACGUGCAGUGAAAAAUGAUAAUUGGCAACCCAUCAGCUGUGAGUAUUAAUGUGUGAAAGAAUAUUCAGGAAAAAAAAA